AUGGAAGCUCUAACUCAAAAUUGGAGUCGUCUCACCUUGUCCGACAGGGAGGGUCCUGGAUGCAAUCUAACCAAUGAAGAUUGCUCCUUGGAGUUUUCCAUCAUCGCAAAGUUUCUUACAAAGAGAGUCCUAAAUAUUGAUGCUAUUGCAAAAACUUUCAAUCCUUUAUGGAGGUCAUGUAAUGGGUUCAAGAUUCAAAAUUAUGGAGAUCAUAUAAUACUUUUCACUUUCGACAACAAGCGAUACGACAAAGAAGUUCCAGUUGGUGAAAUCAAUUUCGACAAUGCAAGUUUUUGGGUCCAACUCCAUGGCAUUCCCCCACAAUACUUGACCUUGGAAGCGGCUUUAAAAAUAAGUAAUAUGAUUGGAGAAGUGUUCCAACCUAAGGAAUUCAAGGAAGUUGAUGGUGGAAAUUUCCUGUGGCUCAAGGUGAAGCUAGACUUAUCCCUUCCUUUGUGUCGUGGGCACCUCAUCUCAUUAGAGAAUGGCAAACAAAUUUGGGUAAGUUUUAAGUACCAACGUUUACCAAACCUAUGUUAUUGGUGUGGUCGGUUAACUCAUGAUGACAAGGAUUGCGAGAUUUGGAUUGAUAGUAAGGGCACGCUAAAGCCAGAGGACAGAAAAUUUGAUUCAAGUUUAAGGCUCUGGCCUUCAUCAUGA